CACAACAUUUUCGUCAAUCCAAUAAAGAAAGCAGACCUUCAUCCUACCGGAAAUAAUGGCGUCGUCGAGAUUCUUCGCAUUCCUCCUCUUGAUUUCUUCUCAGAUGUUCGUCGGAUUCUCUCAAGAUCUCAGCGAAUUUCUCAAAGGAACGGAAUCGAUUCUCGACCGCCAACUUCCGCCGUGUAUGAGGCAGAUGCUUUCGUGUCAACCGUACAUCAAGUCGCCGGAAAAUCCGCCGACGGCGUGCUGUACGCCCUUAAAGGAGUUGCUGAAUUCCGAUCUUCCGUGCCUAUGCUCCUUCUUCAACAAUGAGAAAAUGCUAAAUACUCUGAAUGUCUCGCAGAGCCGAGCCUUGGAGCUUCCUAAGAAUUGCGGAGCCGAGCUCGAUAUCUCCGGCUGCAGCCAUGCUGAGUCGCCAACCGGCUCAACCGAAGGACCUUCUUCAUCAACUACUCCUUCUCCGACCGCCAACACUUCCGGUUUGAAUGAUUCUUCUACCGGCGGCGCAACCAGGAACAAUCCAACUUACGGAAUUGGCCAUGGCGUCGCCGCCGCUUCCUCAGUCGUGGCUUUGCUCCUUUCAGCAUUCUAGGUCUUCUUGUUCAUUUUAAUUUAUAAUUUAUUCCAUCUU